CAUGUCGUUGCAUUUUGUUUAGCUGUAUCUAUUACUACAUGGUUGAUGAUUCAUUACUGGGUGUCGUUAGAAAUGGUUGCUCUUUUUUUGUACUGGCUUGGGUAUCGCGUUUCUAAUUUCAUGAUGACACAUCACAUAGCGGCAGCUAUUUGUCGCUAGGGUUCGUGAUGGAUCGAUGGUAUAACUGAAUAGUUUGGUUGUACUGAAUAGUUUGGUGUGUUGGGUUGGUGAUUUUAACUAGUGGCAUUGUUAGCGGGAGGAUUAAGAGCGUGUGUGUUUUCUAAUCCAUCAUCAUGGCAACACGAACAUAGCUUAGUAUUUCUUCAAAACGUGUGGCAUUUCGUAUCAUAUUGGGGUUGCUCUCACCAUCUGCGUAUGUGCAAGCACGCUGGGCCAGUGUAAUUUUAAAUCUAUACAGCAGUUGUACAAAUAAUAGGUUUUUAUUCGAAAAUUUUUCACAGCAUGCAAAUGGCCACUUCUAUUUACGGGCCUUGUGUCUGGUAAAAAAAACACGUGGCCAUUUUGCAUUUUCAGACAAGGAUCAGUCGAACCGGUUCUUUUUUCUUCUUCCUCAAUUAGCUUAUAAAGCCUCUCCCAAGAUGGCGGACGGUGCCCCCCCGUGCUAAAUUGGCAAUUCAAAUGUUUGAACCCUCUCGCUCAACUGGUUAGAAUGCGUUUCGAGAGCAUAGGAGAAUUCGGUCGUUGGAAAAAAAAAUUUCAUUCUUCUUUUGUUUUUUUGAAUGUUCUUUUUUUCUGUAGGAUUCACAAUGGCCGCUAGAGGCGAUUCCAUUUUUUUCUCCUCUAUUUGGUGUAGUGGCCAUCGAUAUGGCCCGCACCCAAGGAAAAGAAAAAAAAAACCUUUUUGGAUGAUGAGAGAAUCAAGUUUGCCAUUCUUCAAUAGUUACGACACUGACUUGUGUAAUAAAAGAAAAAAAAACGAUUAGAUAGUUAACAUUUAAUGAUGCAGCAAUGUUUUCAUGGCAACUUGACAACACAUUCUAGUUGUUUAUGUUUUUUAUUUUAUAACCUUCGUCUGUGGUGAAAGCGAUCAGGACAGCCUUUCCAGUUACGAGACAACGUCCUCCAUUGUCGCCAUCUUUUUUCAUUUUUCGUGUGUUAGUUAUAGACGAGUAAACGAAGAAACUUGUUUUUUUUAUUUUGGAUGUGAGAACGGACUGGAGAGAGGAAAAUUUCGUUAUCUUCCGAUAAGAAAAUCUAGUUCGAGCCUUUGCGAUUUCGUGACUUUUAUAAUUUGGUACAUCGUGAUACCUUUUUGUUAUCGAAUUUUUAUCUUCCGUCGUCGUCGUCGUUAUUCAUCUCGACUUGACUAAAUUUUCCGUUGGAUUAUACUUUUGUCUUGUUUUGAUUGCAAAGUUUUUAAAGAGCCAAGAGAGCAGCAAGGCGUAAAGUUAGACGCAAGAAGAGAGGCCAGGUGUUUUUGGGCGUCGGGAUGUGCAGAAUUCGGGUCAUUAUCUUUAUGUUUAUCAGUCGUCCGUAUCCUUGCAGCUUGUCCAAAAGAAGAAAUAAAAAUUCCGAUUUGUUUUCGAAAAUUCCUGAAAAAAUGGAUGACAUUAUUGAACAAAGUAAAAGAAAUGUCUACACCAAAACACAGUCUCCAAUUGAUAUGGAUUGUGAUUCUUUCUUGGCGAAAGCUUUGAAAAACUCGGGAGCGCCAGAUCAGGAGGCAAUGAUGAAUAGUUUCAUGGAAAAAGUGUCCGUUACCCCAUCAUACCCAUUACCUAAAAAGGAAAGUGGGUUUAAAAUAUUUAAGAAUGGGGUGAUCUCAAAAAUUUGCGUCAACAAAGAGCCACACGGCGUGUUCUGUCAGAACGAUGGCCAUUUGGAUUCGGCUGAAAAUGUUACUGAAAUAACUGAAGAAUGUGACCCAUGCGAUGAAUAUGGUCCACAAAUCAAAUCAGUCUCCGACACAUGGUCUAUGGCACCAAUGCGACCAAUUCUAGCAACUUGCCCCAUUCUAUUCCUUGUCUUGGUAUCACGAUCUUCCAGUGGCGCUUCGAUUAAAGAGGAAGUUUUUGAUAACUUACGUCAAACUGUGGAAGAUAACAAAAAGGCAAUUCUCAGUUAUCUAAAGGAAAAAUUUAAUCUUGAUUUCGAAGUACACAUUGUGGAAGAAGUUGGAAUCAAUGGAUCGCUUUUGUCUUUGGUUACUGAUUGUACUCAUCACGUCCGCGGAUCCGAUUUGGGCCAACAUAUGACCGGUUCCCACAUCACGGACAUUUUCUCAUAUCAUUACAGAGAUGGUUGCGCGGUUGGGAUAGUGACUAAUGGACCUGGUGAAUUUACUGGGAAACUGUCUAACCAUGCGCAUUUUUUGCGUAAACUUAAGAAAUGUGGAGUACCAACAGAAAAGUUUAUUUACAUUUCUCAGGGAGUGGAAAUAACCAUCGGAUCCAAUGGAAUGGGCGUCAUUGAUGAUUUUACAAUUUUUGGCGGUGAAGAGAUGAUGGAGCGUGCUAGAUUUUAUCAGGCUGAGGAGAGGGAAGAGAUCCCAGUUUGCACGCUUCCUAAUGUAGAUGGUUACAUAAGCGGUAUGACUAUAGAUUUAACUUCAAGGCUUUUGAGAAAUAUGGGCGAGCGGAAAGAACAGGGUGGCGCAAGACGUUGAAUAAAAUUGAAGAUUGAAAUAAAGGCGAAAUUAAAAAAAUUAAACAGUUCACCCUCUAAUAUUUCCCAAAUUUAACUUUCCUCUCCCAUUACCUGUUUAAUUUUUUCCUGAUUUUUUUUACUCAUAAAAAAAAUUAUCUUUUCGCUGAUAAUACAAUACUCUUUUUUUUCCAA